AUGUCGACUUUCUACUACGGACAGCACCAGCAGCAUCAGCAAGCCCCUCACCACGGCGCCACCGCUCACAUGACAACGUCAAAUAACCAUCACGGUGGCCGCUCCCGGAGGGGUCCCAAGAUGGCUGCUCAGAAUGCUCAGCGCCAGUUCCGGGGUGUCAAGAGCAUGAGGGAGUUGGCUGAGGCCCCUUCGGUCACUGCUUUCCGGGCCAGAUUUGAAGCUGGGCGCUCUUUUGACCUGGACGACGACCUGGAGUUCUGUCCAGGCCUUCUGACAGAGGACGAUCUGCACUCGAUUCACUCCGCUUCCUCAGAUCGAUCGUCUCUCUCUAGCGGCUCGCCCGACAUCUCUCCAGUUCAACAUCAGAUCCAGCCCGUUCAGCAGGUUACGCCGUCGAUUUCCUUGUCUCCCGCUUCGUCCAAUACGUAUCUUCACUCCGGUAAUUAUAAUCAAGUGAAUUUCCAGCAGCCUUCCGCUGUCCGCGCCCGCAAGGUCAUCCCCAUCAUCAACCCCACCACUGGGAUGAGCAUGACCAGCCCGCCGACAUCCAUCUCUCCGGCCUCGAUGCAGAACGCUCAGCGACGAUGGUGA